CUGGUGGCGCGAGAGAGUAUUCACAACAAUAUGAUCCGAAGGCUUCCCGACACAGCCGCCCGCCUGUGACAGACAGACAGACAGACAGACAGACAAUCAAUCAAACCGUCGGUAGGACAGCUUUUGUUUUCAUGUUUUCCACUGAGUGAUGCGUGUCGCUUCAAGUCCACGCGUGUGUAGUCCGUUUUCCUGUCAUGUUGGCGUGUGAUCUCCGUCUGCUUUGUGCACUGCAGUGGUGCGCAGCUCCGCCUGGACAAACACCUGUGCGCCUCCUCUGCUCUCCACUGGCCGCACUCGUGAAUGUUGAGUAGGGAACAGAUCAUCCGGAGAUGCGGUGUCUGUCUGCGUUUGUCUGAGAGCACGAGGAGAGCGAGCCGCGCAAAUACCGCACAGCCAGACAUCAUGCAAGGAGAACGCUCCCCUCACUGCAGAGUGGUGGUGAAAUGUUCGGCCUGAAGAGCGAGCGUGUCACAUCACAUCAGCAGACCGUCUACCAUGGGGAUAAGAGCAGCUUGACAUUAGACUCACUAACACUCUGCGUGUGAUUUCGGGGGGAGGCCUUUCAGUCGUGAUCGAGAAAAUCAAGAGAAGACGCGUUAACUCGUCCAUCGUCAGAUUCACUGAUCCAGAAACGAGCCGAGAUGGAGUGGUCGCUGGAGAACGUGAGGGAGAUGGUGGCCGGAGGGAUGCAGUCAGUCAGGGAGUGUGAGAUCUGCGCGUUUGCCAUCGCCAUGUGUGUGCUGCUGCUGUUUAUGUGGUAUUGUUACAGGGUGGGCCGGGAGCACGGGUCCAGCCCCUUGCGUGGCAGGUAUCUCGCGGGGCCCGGUCGGAUCGGAGGGGUGGUGGGAGGCUUCAUGAGUUCAGACUGUCGUGGCAGAGGGAAAGGGAAACACGGAUCAGCGGACGAGCAGAACGGCUUUGCUUUCUGUCAGUCCUCAGAGUGCUUCCGCUGUACCAGCGCUGGAGAAAGUCUGAACCAGAGGCUCUAUCACAGUCUACAGGAAUACGCCAAGCGCUACACCUGGUCAGGUAUGGGCAGGGUGCAUAAAGGAGUCCGUGAUCAAGGCCGAUACCUUAACAGCCGACCGACCAUCCAGCGGCCAGAGGUCUUCUUUCUGCCAGACCUACCCUCGGCCCCUUUUUUCUCCAGGGAGAUACAGAGGCAUGAUGUGGAGCUGCUGGAGCAGAGCUUCCCCGCUCUUCUGGCCGAGUUUGAGAGCAUCUACCACCAACCUCCUGCCCGCAGCGGGUCCUCUCUCCCGCCUGGGUGGAAGGUCAACAGCACUCCUCGUGGGCAGUGGUGGACCUACUACCUGGUCAACCAAGGCACUCCUCUGGUUCUUAAUGUCAGGAGGUGUCCGCGGGCGUGGAGGGUGCUGGGACAGCUGCGCACGUUCAUCGCCAACAACGUGUUUGGCAACGCCUGCUUUUCUGUGCUGACGCCCGGAGCUCUGAUCACUGAGCACUACGGUCCAACAAACGUCAGGCUGCGCUGCCACCUGGGUCUUAGAGUGCCCCCUGCCUGUGAGCUUGUAGUUGGCGGAGAGCCACAGUGCUGGUCUGAGGGCAGCUGUCUGCUUUUUGACGACUCCUUCCUCCACAGGGCCUUUCACGAGGGCAGCGCAGACGAUGGCCCCAGAGUGGUUUUCAUGGUGGACCUCUGGCACCCCAACGUGGCCGCCGCUGAGAGACAAGCCUUAGACUACAUUUUUACUCCAGGCCGUUUAGAGGACAAGGAUGGGAAAUAGGUGUGAGUGAGAGUCAGAUGGUCUUUAGGGAACGUGUUUCCAGGAUUGGGGAGCAGCUCUUUUUUUUUUUCUUCCACCAGACCAGCUCUCACAUUCACUGUGUACAUACUCUCUUUUACUCACACAUGUGUCAUUACCUUUCUUAGACAAUGACUAAACAUUGGGCCUCUUUUAUUAGUGUGUAUUAACACCAACGGCAGUGACUUUAAGGCGUGGUUUGUGACAACAAAUCAUUUAAAAUGCCACCGCCGUGGUUUACUGCCAGCUGAGCAGUCAAACUGUUUUUGUUUUAUCUAUAUUUCCCUUAGGCCAAUUCAGGAGGGGAUAAAGUUUUGUUCUGGAUGCUGCUUGAAACUGCGGACAUGAUUAAUGACCCCUCGCCUGCCACUAAACGGUGUGUCACACUCUUGCUCCUGUGCUUCGCAGCAUAAAUAGCUCCAUAGGGUAAUCCAUUCUAGCCUUUAUGUUCCCAAACCGCCUCUGUGCCAUCAGGAAAGACACAACAGCACAAGUAUCUCCUUUUACUGUGUAACAAACAGUCAUAAUUAUUCUUCAACAUAUCCAGUCCCACUUCAAAUUGUCAGUGGGUGUGCACUUUUUUAUUUCACCUUUUGACUGUUAAAGGAAUACUUCACCGAUUA